AUGUGGAGGGAAGAGUCAGCUGAGAGGAGCUUCUGGCUUGCGGUGUUUGCUUGGUUACUAUCGAUCUGUGAGUGGGUGGGUGUGCGCGCAGAGGAUGUGAAAUCAACAUGGUCAGGAGGCACAGUGAAGACUAGUUAUCAGCUGAAAGUGAGCACCAUGGCUGCAUUCCAGCUGCUCUUCCCGCUGUUGGUCAGCUGCGUGGCGGCGUCCACACCUCCUCCCCGCCACAUCCCUGCGUGCCAAGUUGUCCAGAUGGAUGUGUUUUGCAGCAAUCUGAGCCUCAGAAGUGUCCCAGUCAACCUUCCUAAUGGCGUCCAAAUGCUGGACCUCUCUCGUAACCAGGUGCAGAAUCUCACCCAGGAAACUCUAGCGUACCACAUUGGCUUCCAUCAUCUGAAUCUUCACUCUAACAAGAUCCACUUCAUCGAGCCGGGCCUCUUCAAAGACAUGAUUGAUCUAAAAGUCCUGGAUCUGUCCAGGAAUCAUCUGAAUGUUUUUGCUCACUCCAAAAUCAACAUUGGGCCUCUAACAGCUGUAGAGUCACUUGAUCUUUCUAGCAAUGGGCUUUAUACAGGGAUGUCAGACUAUUUCCUGGCUGAUUCUCCAUCACUGGCAGACCUUUCUUUGAACAGCAACAGCAUCACAAAAAUAGCACAACAUACCUUCAGCGGAUCCUCGUCAUUGAGAAAAAUCAACCUCCACAAUAAUGUCAUCUUGGAGAUUGAGGAUGGAGCUUUUGACUCCUUGAAUAAUCUGACUGAACUCGACUUGUCCAAGAAUUCAAUCACUUGCAUCACAGACUUCAACCUCUGCAACUUAAAAGUGCUUAAUCUCAGCAAAAACAGCCUGGAGCUUUUCCAAAGUACAACAUCUACGGAUUGCUAUAAACUCCUCUACCUUGAUCUGAGUGAAAACAAAAUGCUGUACUUCCCUCUUCUCCCUCGAAACAACAGGCUAGAAUAUUUGGACGUUUCACGUAACCACCUUCAGAGCAUCAACGUUACAGGGAGUCCUGAAAGAAAGACAAAUGUUUAUUUUUAUCACCUUAGAUACCUGGACAUGAGUUACAACCAGCUCAAAAGCAUACCAGAGUCCUUUUUUUACUGUAUGGGAUCAAUUGAGGUCCUAAAUGUGAGCAACAACUGUAUCAGCUCAUUCUCUAUCACUAAUGAAGGCCUUCUGCAGACAGUGAAGAUCAUCAACCUGAGUUAUAACUCCCUGCAGAGCCUGACAUUUGGGGAAAACACUCUGCAGUCCCUGGAAAAGCUCUUUUUACAUGGAAACGACCUCACCACUCUAGACCAUCAAAUAUUUCAAAGACUUCCGAGCAUCAAAUACCUGCAUCUCCAGCAGAACAAUCUGGAAAUCUGUUCCUCGCACCAAAACCACGAGGAUCCUCCAGGUUGUGUCUCCUUUUCUUCAAUAAGAAGCUUGCAGUUCCUUAACCUGUCUGAAAACAGUCUGAGGACUCUGCCUGCAAACUCAUUUGCUGACACUCCUCUGAAGUUACUUGACUUGUCCUUGAACCCGGGCUUAGACAUGGACACACACUCCCUCUCAGGUCUGGAGCAUUCCCUGGUCCACCUCCUCCUGAAGGAAAACAACAUCUCCAGUCUGAACACAGACUUGUCGUCGCUGAGGAGUCUCAGACACAUCGACCUGUCCACGAAUCAGCUGACCGCUCUACCCAUGUGGAACAAGGACUCCUCCAUAGAGUCACUGAACCUGCAGAACAACAACCUGGUCACCCUAGAGUACAGCACUAUGCACGCUCUGGAGCACUCACUAAAAACUCUCUACAUGGGCUCCAACCCUCUGAGUUGCUGCAGCAACCUUGACUUCCUCGACAUGGUCCAGCACUCGGCAGUGGUUGUGCCCGACAUUGAGACUGUGACCUGCGUUCACGAGGAGUACUCAGAACUGGUCUACAUUGCGAAGGUGACCAAGGAAAUGUGUCACAGAUCCCGUGUCCAGAAAUAUGUUAUUGCUGCUGUACUGAUAGUGUUAAUUGUGAUGAUUGUGCUGGGGCUGCUGGUUAAAUGCUGCCAGUCCAGGAAACGAAAGCAUAACAGGAGCUUUAAUGCUUAAAGUGAAACCAUGAAGGAAUUUUAUAUUUUUGGACUUGGUUCGUGAUUUUAACCAAAGACAGUAAAAAAUAUGAAUGUAGUGUCUUCGAUGUCACCCAAAGUCUUCUGAAGGGAGAAUUUAAAGCCUUGAUUGAAGUUUACCACUACCAUCUGUGCCACUAGGGGAAGAAGUCUGGGUGAAGCUGAGAUAGGACUUUCAAAAAGCAACCACAGUGGCUGCCUGAUACGUGAGACACCUGCCAAUCAAGAAAAUGUGCCGCAAUAUUUCCUAUAUGAAGACAAUAGACAAACUGUUGAAACCAGGACUUCUUGUGGAAAAGUUUCUUGCGGUUAGCAUCUAGUGUUCAUUUCAGGAACUGCAACUUUAAGAUCUCUUGAAAUCCUUUUUCCUGUUUGUUUAUUAAGCCACACGCUAACCAGCAAACGUUUAUUGAAUGUAAAAGGAUAAAACACUUCAACACUGUUGACCAUGCCAUAAAAUGCUAUAAGGAAUAGUAUGACUUUUUGGUAAAUAUACUUAUUCACUUUCUUAAUGAGAGUGUUGUGUCUAUCCUGGCUCUGUCUAAAGUGAACAAGACCACCUAUUGUACCUUUAAUGCUCAUUAGUUAGUUUUAUCUUGUGUGUUUAAUUUGUACACGGUAAAUCCAUGAAGUUACUGUCUCUUGAUGACUGCCGCUACUACAGCAGUAUGAACCCAAAAUAAACUAGACAUACGAGUCAUAUCAUCAAACUUUCAGACAGAAUGCAAAUAAGCAUAUUUCCCAAGAUGUAGAACUGUUCGUUUAAAAAGGCUGAAUAAGGUGAAUGAGAGAUUUAAAUGAGUGUCGAUGCUGGAACAAAGUCAGAUGUCUUCACUCAGUGACGUUCAGUGACGUGUAAUAGUAUCUGACAGUGGAAUUUUCCUUUAAGCUAAAAAUAAAGAAACAAACACUACAAAAGGUCAUGAAACAAAAUGCUCUAUUCAUGGAUGAUGAAGUAUGAUUAGAUGAAGUACUGUACGUGUGGCUUGUAAAAAAGAGUUUUUGUAACACAAUCCUGUCCCUUUACCCUUUAUGUAGUUUGCACUUUAAUUGUCCUCUUGUUUGUGUGAGUUUGUGAUCUUUUUCUGUGACUUUUAACACUAAGAAACAUUUGUGACUAUAAAAAAAAAGCUGGACAUUUGCAGUAUGUUUUCUGUAUUGAUCCCAGGCCUGUGGUGCUCCCCCUGGACACAAUAGCUAUUAAUUUGACAUGAAAAUACCCUCUAGGGAUGAAGAUGAAAGCUGGACUAAGCACUGAAAUUAAUAACUGUGAUGCGCUUAACAAAGAAGUAUAACAUACAUACUGUAUAUUUUUAGAUUUUAAAAAAUGAAUUCCAGCGCUGUAUUGUAGUGGGCUACACUGGGAUCCACAGUUUCAUAUUAUCUUAAUGUGCUUGAUCAUAAAAUUAUUAUUAAUAUUACUAUUAUUAUUGUUAUUUUGUACACGUCAAGCUGAUUUGUAACUUUUCUCAUCCUGUGAUGUUAUUUUGUAACAUAAUGUAAGCAAUAUUUUGUACCAAAUGAAGGCAAUUUUCUACACGUCAACACUGUGUGCGACAUUAUUUGUGUACAAAAACAUUUUUCUCAUUAUUCAUUAUGACUUUAGGGCAAAUUUGGCUUGUUUCCUGUUGUCAGAAACACAUUAUGAAGACAUUUCACUUAAUGUGGUGGUUAUAUGACUGUGCUUUUUAGCAGAGAGUUAGAUGUGAAGAUACAAUAGUGUCAUUCUUCUUAUGUAACUCUCUAAAUCACAUAAAUGUAUUUUCCAAAAUGUGAGUGCACCACUGUGAGUACACUAUAGUGAGUAUAAUAAACACAGCGUCUAAGGGACUUAAGGAGGUUUAUGAGGAAACAACACUUAAUGAUAUAAGAUUAAACUGAAUGUAAUUUUGUAAUAUGUGUCUCUUGAUUAUUAAACGAAACCUUUGUCUGCCUCUUAUAGUCUAAUAUGAAUAUGUCAUAUAUUAUUUAUUACUUUGUAAUGUGUUGUAAGA